CCCUCUGUUUUUUUGCUAGAGAAUAUUGCUGAUGUUUCUUGAUUCAGUUAAAAAAUAUUACAGAGUAAUUAAAUGUUUCUAUUCUUCUUUACCAUGGGAAUGUUCUGUUAAGAAGUAUGAUUUGUCAAGAAUGCUAAGUGAGUUUAUGAAGAUGGGAAAAGUUAAAGAUGCAGAUGAGCUGUUUGAGAAAAUACCUGAAAAGAAUGUUGUUAUUUGGUCAAUCAUGAUCCAUGGUUAUUCUAAAAAUGGGUUAUACAAAAAAUCAGUUGAACGUUUCACCUCAAUGAGAAAUUUAGGUUUAGUGCCUAACUCAUUCACCAUUGUGGGUGUUCUUGUGGGGAUCUCAGGAUUGAAGGACUUAUUACUUGGACAAUCAGUUCAUGGGCUGAUAGUGAAGUUGGGGUGGGAAGAUAAUUCAUUUGUGGGUACUUCACUUCUAGAGGCUUUUGCAAAAUGUGGAAAUAUCAAUGACUCUUGCAAGAUUUUUGAGGACAUAAAAAGUCAAGGCUUGGUUCCAUGGAAUGCAAUGAUAAGUGCAUUUGUACAUAAUGGACUCUUUGAAGAGGCUUUCUUGUUAUUUAAUAGGUCUAGAGAGUCUGGUUUGUUUCCUAAUUCAAUGACAGUUAUGGCCUUGACACAGAGCUGUGUGGCUAUGGGAUCGAAAUGUCUUUGUGAAUCAGUUCAUGCCAUGGUUGUUAAGUUAGGUCUUGUGUUUGAUAUACAGGUCAACAAUUCACUUCUUUUUCUGUAUUCAAGUUUGAUGGAGUUACCUGCUGCUUGGGAGAUUUUCGAUACAAUGGAAGAGAAAGAUGUCAUCAGUUGGUCAACGAUGAUGAGCUUACUGGUUCACCUAGAAUAUGCUUCAGAUGCUAUAAAGAUUUUCCUCCAUAUGAGAGAUUCUACGAAUGAAUAUGAUCACCUCAUCCUAAUGAAUCUCAUUUCAGCUUGUGGAAUUUCGGGGAACUUGAAGAUGGGAAAAUCUGUUCAUGCUCAAGUAAUAACUCAAGGUUUUGGAUCAAAGCUUCCUUUACAUAAUGCCAUGAUUACUAUGUAUGCAAGAUGUGAAGACUUGAAUUCUUCAAGAACUGUGUUUGAUCAUUCAACCAUGAAGAGUAUGGUAUCAUGGACAUCUAUCAUUUCAGGACUUUUGCAUAAUGGAAGGCCCAGGGAAGCACUAGAUAUGUUCAUUCGUGUUAGAAUUGAAGAAAAUUUCUUCAUUGAUUCGGUUCUUCUGGUGAGUGCACUAACUACUGCUGGUGAAAUGGUUGCUUCAGAACUCUGCAUGCAGCUUCAUUGCCAUACUAAAAAAACAGGGCUUACAAACUAUAGAAGUAUUCAGAAUAGCCUCAUAUCAACCUACUCUAAGUGUGGGAAUGUUGAACUUGCAAACAAUGUUUUUGAGCGAAUGGCAUCUCUUCGUGAUAUUGUAUCAUGGAAUGCUAUUAUAAAUGGGUAUGGUAUCAACGGCCAUGGAGAAACUGCUCUUUCGCUGUUCUAUGAGUUCAGAAAGAGUGGAGGAAUACCUGACAGUGCUACUUACUUGAGCAUUUUGAGUGCUUGUAGCCAUUCAGGAUUGGCAAGUGAUGGUUUGUUGAUCUUCAGUCAGAUAAUUGAAGAAAAUAGAAUCAAAGUUAGUGCAGAACAUUAUGGCUGUAUCGCUGAUUUGCUUGCUCGGGCAGGAUACAUGCCUGAUGUAAGUUCGUUCUUGAAUGGAGAUGGUAAGACUCUUUGGAAGGCUAUAUUGAACGGAUGUGCACGUAAUAGCGAUUUAAAAUUAGCAGAAUUUGCUGCAAGAAAGUUUCAUGAGCAGAUUAAAAAAGAUCCUGGUCAACUUGUGCUACUCUCAAAUCUUUAUGCAUCAGUUGGGAGAUUUAAAGAUGCAGAAGCCUUGAGGUUGAGCAUGGACACAGAUAAAUUGAUUAAAGCUCCAGGAUUCAGCAUUCUCACUGGAAAUCUAUAGCAUGUUGUGAAAUCCAAAUCAGUCAUCACAUGGAUGGAUAACAAUUAUGCAACUUCAUUUCAUGAGGAGCUGUUGUAACAUCUGCCAAAAAAGGUCCAUGCUUUGAAAGGUCUAAAGAUAAGCAAAAGCAGGAUGCAGCUUCAUGCCAAUGGUUUAAUGUUGCAACAGGUAAAGAGUCAGAAUUAUGCAUCAGUAAUAUAAAUAAGCCUGAACCUCUUCAGUUAGCUUGUCUCAAAGAUUUGUACUCACCAUGGCUGAAAAUCAAUCAUGUGAUAGAUCAUUGAACCAUUCCCUUUGAAUGGUGAGUUCCCUCUGGCAGAGGAUUUCUUCAAUCAAACUUAGAAUCUCUUUCUUUAACAUAGAAAAAGAUCUUAUUAUCAGUGUAUGCAAGAAGAGGGGCAAUCCGUCUGCUACAUGCAACAUGCCUCUAUCGCCAUAGGCUGUAAAGCAGUAACAAACUAGCUUGCCUAAAUAGAGUCAUAAUGCAUCAUGGCUCUCACCUCUCAGUGGGACUUAUUCAUCCUUGAAUAUUUAAGUAGAAGGUCACUACAAAAACCAAGGGUUUUCAAUUUUGACAUGAUACUCUUAUAAACAAAGCCAAAGAGAACAUAGGAAAGCAUGUUACCAGAAUCUCUUUACACCACUAAGGAUUAGCAGCUAAAAGGAUUAAAGCCUUUGAAUAGAUGUAGCACCUCCUUGUUCAAUAUAGAAGAGUAAUUUGCUUACAGCAUAUCUAAAUCCGAACAAUGGAUUUC